GUGGUCCAGUGGUAGAAUUCUCACCUGCCACGUGCAAGGCCCAGGUUUGAUUCCUGGCCAAUGCAGAAGAAGGAGACACUUUUCUUUAAAACCCCUUUUUUUCUCACGUGUUUUUCCUAAAAUGACUUUUUUAGAGUACCUAAAAAUUAAUGGUAAAGGAAUUCACUGACUGCUGAGCGCAGACUUGGGAGCUACCAGAGCUGAGACAGGAUGAGGUUGGGGGUUAGAGGUUAGGCGGUAUUUGCUGCUACUGCUUGCUGCAGGUAGAGGCUCCCUACAGGUCUGGGGUCAUCCCUGCUCUGCCCCUGCCCCCAGUCAUCAGCCAGGGCUGAGGCCUGUGCCCUGGACGUGUGGCUUUGACCCUCUCUUCCUAAGGGGCAAUGGCCUGGUCACAUGGGGUACAGUCGUAUCUGUCCCCUGGUCUGGGCUAAUGAUUACAGUAUGCAAGCUGGGACUUCCCACAAAAAGAGAAAUAAAAUGCACCAUCAGAAUGGCACCGUGGGCAGAGGUCAAGCCACCUCCUUUGGUGUCCUCAGGGCCACGGGGAGGGGAGGAGACCUGGGGCAAUCCUUCCACCACACACCUUUCCCUACAGGUUGACAGAUGCCAUUUUGAGACCUAAGGCACAUGGCGCAGACUUGACCAGUUCUCAUGGAGAAGUCAUCCGGCAACUCAGGGGCCUCCAGAAUCGCAUCCCCGAACCACCCUACUUCGGGACACUCUCCCGAGGGGUCUGCGGCCCCAGACAUGCUGCCCUAGUCCCCGGAGAAGCGCUUCAUUCUCCCCACUGGAGUCCCCUGGGGACACACGGGUCUUAUGGAGGCCACCCCUGCCCCAGGCCUUGAAAGCCCAGCACCCCUCUGGGUCUGAGCUCCUGCAGGACAGUCAGCAUCACUCCCCGUGGCUUCCCUGUUCUCCCACCUGCACCUAGAGGACAGGGUGCAAGCCUGCUAGGCAAGGGGGUUGGGGGGACAUGAAAUUGAAGAUGGCAGCUGGAACUGAAGAACUGAGGAAGGGUUAACCCAGCCUCAAAGCGGCCAUGUGAAGAACAUGGCAGAGAACUAUGGGAAGGAACCACUUGCCUCCCAUUAGACAGAUAUUUACCAAACCGUAUCAACCCCCUAAGGGUCUCACACAAGAGACUCGAGGCAAACCAACACACUGCAUAUGCAGUUCUGCAUCACUGAAGAAACGCAAGUUUAAAAAACUACGAGUACACAUCUACUCAUCAGCCCAAAAGAACGCAAUGAAAAAGCAGUCCACGCCGGCAGCGGUGAUGUGGACCCUCCGGCUGUGGCUUAAUCUCUCUCUCGAGGUCAACCUGGAGGUGCAGAGGCUUCUUACAGCGGCCCCUACCCAGCCCCUGCCAUCGCACUUCCGAGGAGAUGAGACCCAAACGAAACCAGAACCUUCGGCACCAGGCUGUUUACACAGUGCUGUACCUGACAGCAGCCACCUGCCCCACUGCCUCCCCGCCUCACCCACCGGCGAGACAGAAACCACCCAAAGGCCCACAGGCAGGCCAGGAGCUGAUUGCAGGCAUCAAAACACCCAGCUGAAGGGACGAAGGGGCGAACGGUUCACACACACCGUCGAUCCACCUGUGAAAACGGCACGUCGGCUGCCACAGGCUGGUUGACAUUGCAUGGUGUCAGAAGUGGGAUCCAGAGAGGCCCUCUAAUGACUUGGAGGCUGGUGAGCAAGCAGGUGCUGGUACCCAUGGAGUUCACUGAGCUCACUGCUUUCUUGCCAACCCUGGAAUUUGAGGUUCCCAGGUGCUGUGGAUGCUGCUGACCUGUGGACCAACACGGCGAACUGCUGCAUUCGGCUGCCUCACCUCUAGAUGAGAAUGUUGCGAUGGACUUUUCAGGAUGCUGUGACCGUGCAGAGGAGCAACUCAGGAGCUGGAGCUGUCCUCUCGGUGUUGUUGGCGUAAGCAGAUCCGAGCAUAACUAGCGUCAGUAUUGAGGUCGUUUAGCAGAAAAUCUUCUUCUUCGCAGCAGUUAAACACCCAGGUUGUUUUCAGCCAGUUUGAGUUCUUGGGAUCUGCCUCUUCGCUGAGUGAAAGCACGUCUCCUGCCUGCCUACAACGUGAUGUUUUUCCGGUUGCUGUCGGUGGUCCAGAGACCAAGAAGAAGCCGAGGGUGGCGGAAGUGGUCCUCAGCCAGGAGCGGUGUGUCAGCUGCUGAAGUACAUUCUGUGGCCCUGCCUGCCCAGGCGCAGGUGGUCAUCUGUGGUGGUGGAAUCAUGGGCACAUCCGUGGCCUAUCAUCUCUCCAAGAUGGGGUGGAAGGAUAUCGUCCUUUUGGAGCAGGGCAGGCUGGCUGCUGGCUCCACAAGGUUCUGUGCUGGCAUCCUAAGCACUGCCAGGCACUUGACCAUCGAGCAAAGGAUGGCAGACUAUUCAAACAAACUCUACCAUCAGUUAGAGCAAGAAACAGGGAUCCAAACAGGUUACAUAAGGACGGGCUCGAUCUUUCUGGCCCAAACCCAGGACCGGCUGAUUUCCCUGAAACGCAUCAACUCAAGGCUGAAUGUUAUAGGCAUCCCCUCCGAGAUCAUCUCCCCCAAGAAAGUGGCCGAACUUCACCCUCUCCUCAAUGUGCACGACCUGGUGGGGGCCAUGCAUGUCCCCGAGGAUGCAGUGGUGUCCUCCGCCGAUGUGGCUCUUGCCCUGGCAAGUGCUGCCUCCCAAAAUGGUGUUCAGAUCUAUGACCGGACAAGUAUUCUUCAUGUUAUGGUGAGAAAAGGUCAAGUCACUGGUGUGGAGACUGAUAAAGGACAGAUCCAGUGCCAGUAUUUUGUCAACUGUGCUGGUCAGUGGGCAUACGAGCUGGGUCUGUCCAACGAGGAGCCGGUUAGUAUCCCGUUACAUGCCUGCGAACACUUCUACCUUCUGACUCGCCCCUGGGAGACCCCUCUGCAGAGCAACACACCAACUAUUGUGGACGCCGAUGGAAGAAUUUAUAUUCGGAACUGGCAGGGUGGCAUCCUGUCUGGGGGCUUUGAGAAGAACCCGAAACCGAUUUUCACUGAGGGCAAGAACCAGCUGGAGAUUCAGAAUCUACAGGAAGACUGGGAUCACUUUGAGCCCCUCUUGAGUUCCCUGCUGCGUAGGAUGCCAGAACUGGAGACCCUGGAGAUCAUGAAGUUGGUGAAUUGCCCCGAGACCUUCACCCCAGACAUGAGGUGCAUCAUGGGCGAGUCUCCUUCCGUGCGGGGCUACUUCGUCCUGGCAGGAAUGAACUCUGCUGGCCUUUCGUUUGGUGGAGGAGCUGGAAAGUACCUCGCUGAGUGGAUGGUGCAUGGCUAUCCCUCAGAAAGUGUCUGGGAACUGGACCUGAAGCGUUUCGGAGCCCUCCAGAGCAGCCGAACCUUCCUGCGCCACCGUGUCAUGGAAGUCAUGCCUCUGCUGUACGAUCUGAAGGUUCCCCGUUGGGACUUCCAGACUGGAAGGCAGUUACGCACAUCUCCUCUCUAUGACCGGCUGGACGCACAAGGAGCCAGGUGGAUGGAGAAACAUGGAUUCGAGAGGCCAAAGUACUUCGUGCCCCCAGACAAGGACCUCCUGGCCUUGGAGCAGAGCAAGACUUUCUACAAGCCGGACUGGUUUGAGAUUGUGGAGUCCGAAGUCAAGUGCUGUAAGGAGGCCGUGUGUGUCAUUGACAUGUCCUCUUUCACUAAGUUUGAAAUAACAUCCACUGGGGAUCAGGCAAUAGAAAUUCUCCAGUAUCUCUUCUCCAACGACCUUGACGUGCCCGUGGGCCACAUCGUGCAUACCGGCAUGCUCAACGAGGGUGGAGGGUACGAAAACGACUGCAGCAUAGCACGGCUGAGCAAGCGCAGUUUCUUCAUGAUUUCUCCAACUGACCAGCAGGUCCAUUGUUGGGCCUGGCUUAAGAAGUACAUGCCGGAAGACAGCAACCUGAUUCUGGAGGACGUCACCUGGAAAUACACUGCCCUCAAUCUUAUUGGUCCUCGAGCUGUGGAUGUGCUGUCUGAGUUGUCCUAUGCCCCUGUGACUCCAGACCAUUUCCCAAGUCUGUUUUGCAAGGAGAUGAGCGUUGGCUACGCGACCGGGGUCCGGGUGAUGAGCAUGACCCACACGGGCGAGCCGGGCUUCAUGCUUUACGUCCCUAUUGAGUAUGCCCUGCACGUAUACAAUGAAGUGAUGGGUGUCGGGCAGAAAUACGGAAUCCGGAAUGCUGGGUAUUACGCUCUUCGCAGUCUCCGAAUUGAGAAGUUUUUUGCUUUCUGGGGUCAGGAUUUGAACACACUCACCACACCCCUGGAAUGUGGACGAGAGUCUCGGGUGAAGUUAGACAAGGGCAUGGAUUUCAUUGGGCGAGAUGCCCUGCUUCAGCAGAAACAGAAUGGGGUGUACAAACGCCUCACUAUGUUCAUCCUGGACGACCACGACACAGACCUGGACCUUUGGCCCUGGUGGGGGGAGCCCAUUUACCGAAAUGGGCAGUACGUGGGCAAGACCACCAGCAGCGCCUAUGGUUACACCCUGGAACGCCACGUAUGCCUGGGCUUCGUGCACAAUUUUUCUGAGGACACUGGGGAAGAGCAGGUGGUGACAGCAGAUUUUAUCAACCGGGGAGAAUAUGAGAUUGACAUUGCAGGGCACCGGUUCCAGGCCAAGGCCAAGCUCUACCCAGUCACCUCCCUCUUCACCCAUAAGCGCCGAAAGGAUGCUGUGGAGCUAAGUGACUUGCAGGGGAAGUAA